AAAGUUUAUUUAUGGACCAACGAGGCUUCUAACCCAUAUUCUCCCGUUAUAAUCUGGGAACGUUCGCUUCUACCCAAUCAGCACCCGGCAUUAUUAUCUCUGUCAUCCAUUGAACUUUAAAUAGAAGAUAAAAUAGAAUAAAUUAAGAAAUUGAAGGCAGAGACUGAAAAUUAAACAUCAAACCAUGUCUAUGGACCUUAUCAUUUCUUGCACUUUCUGCACCCCAUUCUCCCCGAAACCGGCAAUUCUCCGUCAGCAUUUAUCUCCUAGUCCAAGUACUUCGCUAAAAUGCCGUCUGAAAACGACGUCGGAGUUGCAGACGCAGGUGGGAGUGACCGGGCGUACCAGUAAUAAUUCUCCAUCCAAUCCCGUCCAUAAAGUCACCGUUCAUGACAGGCAACGAGGAGUCUCCCAUGAGUUUCUAGUUCCUGAGGACCAGUAUAUAUUGCAUACUGCUGAAUCACAGAAUAUAUCGCUGCCAUUUGCUUGCAGGCACGGUUGUUGUACUAGUUGUGCUGUACGUGUAAAAUCUGGACAAAUUAGACAACCGGAAGCACUCGGGAUAUCUGCUGAACUGAAAUCAAAGGGUUAUGCGCUUCUUUGUGUAGGUUUUCCGUCUUCUGAUCUUGAAGUAGAAACUCAAGAUGAGGAUGAGGUCUAUUGGCUUCAGUUUGGAAGAUAUUUUGCCCGAGGACCAAUAGAAAGGGAUGAUUAUGCAUUGGAGUUGGCCAUGGCUGAUGAAUAGGCACAGUUGCACUUUCAAUGGAACCAAAAGCGAGAGCAUGUAGUCUAGCAUGCAAAUUGUUUUAACUCUCUUUACUGUGCGGCUCUUCUCCGGUGUCUGAUGAUUAGAAAAUGCUAUGCAUGGUUUAUCAUUAGCUUGAAUGUUGCUGUAAGAUAAGCGGUAUCUUUCUAAUGUGCAUUCUAUCUAUGUAUCAAACAUGUUCAUUACUGGUGGUAACUUAACUCUUAAAAGUUUUCUAACAAUUGAAUACAAGAAUAUCUAGAUAUGAAGCUUGUA